AUGCUGAAUCUGACUGUGCAAAAUUUAUCCCUGAAGAUGGCAGGAAUUUCCCGAAUUGCACCAAAUGCAGCGCCAGACAGCAACGAUAAGCAUUUCGACAUUAUUCACGCCCACUGCAGAGUCUCACUCGAGAAUGCUGAGAAGACCAACCGACAGCUGACGAGACGCUUCAAUCAGACGCGUCGCCAGGCCACUGCCAAUGUCCAGCGCCUCACCAAGGAAAAGACCGAGCUGGCUACGAAAGUCCGGCAGGGUCAAUCAGAUAUGAAGACAAAGUCUAGCGAGAUACAGCGGUUGAACGAGGAGGUGCUUAGGCUGGAGAACCUCCUUGAUACAGCCAAUCUGAAUGCCCAGAAUGUGGUGUCCCGAACCGACCUGCAACAGACAUUUCUGGAUAUCCAGGAUGCCGCCAAGUCGUUCAUAGACCAUCUCAAGACCAAAAUGAACGAAAACGAGAACGCGCAGCAUUUGAAUGAACUGCCAGGGCUCGACAUGACCGAUCAUCCCUGGAUAGACACCGCUGAGUUUGAAGACAUGCUGAAUGACCCUUCUCUUGCGGAAACUCCAAACAACGCAUUCCCCGCAGACUCUCUUUGA